UAUAUUUUAAGUAAUUACAUUUUUUAUGUUGUAGUUGAGGAAAAGAUGAAACUCCCCAAAAAUCCCAUGACGAUCAUUGAGCUGCAGCUGGUCCACGCCGAAAACAAGUCGCUUCGUUUUCUAAGUAGAAGAGCAAAUCGUAAUUAUCGGGAUUGCAAGUUCAUAGGUGGAGUGAUGAAUGAUGACGAUAUGCUCUUUGCUUGCGUCAUCGUUGCGUCGACGGGUGGUUUCCAAACGCCCACCCUUGCGGUCCCGCAUACUGAGUAAAAUCUUCUUUGGGACUCCUUUAUACGACGACGCGGCAGACGAGGAGGAUUUAUCGAAUCGAAGAGAGGACGGUACCAGCAGACUUACCAGGAACCAGAUCAGCCUUCUGGGUACAGGGAUUCAGCAGAGCGGGGCAGGUUCCUCCAAUUUUGGAAGUGCGUCGUUCAGGAGGACGGCUCCUGAAGCCUCCGCAUCUUCGAUUCAAAGAGUCCGGAAUACUUUUGCUGGGCGAAGAGAAUAUCGUGGACCCUGAAGAAUAAUAAGUAAUUGGAUGCAGGAACAGGAAGUCGAAGUUGAAGUUCUUGUCCCUGUGCUAUGUAAAGAGGAUACCAGAGCUUCUCAGACGAGAGAAGAGUAAGAAGAAGAACGAGAAGAGCUCGUUGUUCAUAUACUGGUGUGCGCGUGUUGUGGUUUUUGCGCGUCUUCAACAAUGCAGCAAGUAACGUCAUGGUCUUCGACUUCGUCUUCUUGCCGACACAUGCUGGCACCGAGACUACAACUGCGGCACUUUUCUUCUGCAACUUCAAAGAGAAAUUUCUACCAACGCCUGGACGAAAAACAUCUGGCUGAACAACUCGCAGCUAUUUCAAGGACCGCGUCUGAUUAUGCGCGAGAGGAAGAAGGGGACCAACCGUCCAGAGCGGGCUCUUCUACUAGAAGUAGUGCUAGUACGUCUUCCUCCUCCAAAGGACUCGAUGACCUUGGUGUUCCGGCGAAUCUCCAUCGGAUGCCUGAUGCAUUGGAGGCGCACAGUCGAGACUUCGAUGUGCGCGAAAAGUUGCGCGCAUGUGACAGCAUUCCGUUCGAGUCAAUGCGACAAGAGGGCUUGCCACGAUAUCAAGACCUCACGCAUGCAGAGCGUGUAAUGGUACAGGCGGACUACAAACGCAAGAAGAUGUUAGACCGCAAAGUGAUGUGGCUGAAAAUGAAUCAAGUGCUAGACCCAAAGCGGGCGGCGCGACGGGAGAUGCGGUUACAAAUGGAAGAGGAGAAAGCCAGGAAGACUCUUAUCAUUAUGACCGGUUUUGGCAUUUUUACUGGUGUGCUACGCAUAUCCCAUAUCGGGGAACAGGUUGUAGAUCCAGAUGAUGUGAUGUCCGUGUCUACAAGUACUGCUCGGAUUCCUCUAACCAAUUGAGUGGAGACUCUUCGCAACCGAUGAGAAAUCGAGAUGGUGUUAGCAUUGACAUGACGCCGGAACAGCUCGCAGCUGAACGCGAAGCCCUCGCGGAGCAACAGGAAGCAGAGGCUGCUGAGAAGUUGCGACGCAAAGAGGCUGACCCUGAAGGAUAUCCAUUGUCCUUGCUUUCUGAACAUCAUGAGCGGAUGGAGGCGAAGAAUGCAGCGCGAGUCGAGAUGGAGAUGCGCCGCGACGAGUUAGAGAGCCGCAAACGAAUGCGAGUACGUGCGCUAAAGUUGAAAAACGCGCAAAUUCUGAAACAAAAAACACCGCCACUGGGACAAGCAGCGACAGAUCCGAUUCUGCGGCAUAUCGAAAAGCGCAAAACGAGGCUAAAUCAACUACUUACUGGGCACUUGGAGGCAUUUCUGACGAACAACAGCUCUCAAAUUCUGCAUUCUUUCUUAUGAAGAUGAACUAUGUAUCUGUAUCUAUUUUCGAAAGACGAAGAGGUGGCCGCACGGCCAUCCUAUCUGAAGUUGUAUCCUAUUCUAUAAGAAGCUAUGCAGGAGUAUGAGUAAGUACAUUUGCGGUCUAGAAGGAAGUGCAUCACCUGGGAUAUUGAUUGCGCUGUCAACAUUCUUCAUCUUCUUCUUCACAUUCUUGAGAAGAAUCAUCAUACAUUGGUCUUGAUGUAGUGCUACACGUCCUGUACGGACAAAUAAGGUGAAGCAACACUUCAUCUUAGCACGUAAAUUAAUGUGCUUUGUGAAGAUUGGGUCCGUUUCAUUUCAGCUGGAAGGCGCACAGGUGACCGUCUUGCGCGUCACUGCUCGGAAUCCCAAGGGCGUGCAUGAAGUACAUUAUCAGCUCUCUCAAGUGCCCGAGCAACGCAGUAUUCAGUGGGUUCGAGAACGGCUGGAUACAUUGGCGCCGAAGCUGAGGUCGCAAAUUGCUGUCAAUUAUGGCACCAUAAGCGCGAGUAGAAGCUCAAGCUCCUACUUUUUCAAGUGGAAGGCAAAACGUGAAUUUUCACCUCCACCUUUAUUUUGGUGCUGUUGGUUCUCCCGUGGUAUUGUUCUGGAAGAUGACUACAACAGAGCGAUGUCCGAGCGGCCUGGAAUCCAAGACACUUAGAACUAAGUACUUAAAUACUCUUUACGUGAGUCCGCCCGUCGUGGUGUGGAGGUCGAUUUACCCUUCUUUGUUAUCGCUAACUGCUGCUGCAACUUGGUUACACACCUGAGUUGCGCUUUGUGCAUCAUGCGUUUGGAAUCCCACAGAGCAACCGUGGUCGCCUCUUCCGCAUAGCUAAAAGCUUACGCGAAGCACGAGCUGCUGGGUCGCUUGAUUCCUGGACACGAACAAUGAUUAUGGCUACUCUGGGUGAAGUAAUCUAGAUACCAUUUAGUACAACCCCUUCUGAUCUACAAUGGUGAUGUUCGCAAGGUAAGCCUGAGCUCCUGUGUAUAAUUCGUUCACAAGUAGAAGCAAGCAGCACCCCCCUUGUUGUCAUUUGGUUUUCCGGUUGCUGUUGUUGAGCAAUGUGAGGACAGUGUUAUGCAACUUCUUAUGAUGAUCUUCAUCUCGAUCGCGUGCUGGUCAAACACAUCAUAUGGACACUCCAUUUCUUCUAACAACUACUGGAGCUAGGUGGUGUCGCAGUUGCAGCUUGACAUUUACGCAUCCGAGUUUGAUAGGAAACCGGCCGAUUGACGUUCCCGAGAAAGCUAUCCGCCGCUCCUAUUCUAGGAAACGCCAUCACUUAAGAACAUCCUCAUUCGUUUUUGUUCCAAGAUGAACAUUUCGGAAUCGGAUCUUCUACAAUUCAUGAUUCUCAUCGCUCAACAGGACGCAGGCAAUUUUCCUCGUUUUGUCGUCAUUUCACAUUUCAUCUUGAAAUCACAGAUAAGACUAAGAGCAUUGAAAAUACAAAUCCCUGGGUUUCUUAUCUUUCGAUCCUCGUCCAUGGGCAUGCCAACGUCCCCACAACAUAUGCUGUAUGGUUGUGUUCCGAGGAUGCUGAAAAGCAGCGUUAAAGUACAUACAGUCCUAUUCAAAUUAUGUUGCAAAGACAGAAUCGGACUUCUCCGGUGCCUCCCGCUAUCCGCAAAUUUGAACAACUCGUCCCCUGAAUAUACAACCAUCGCUUUCAUCUAAC